GCUAGCGAUAAUGCAACAGGAUUGUGCGAAAGCUGGAGUGGAAACAGAAGUUCACAACGACUGUGAUGUCAGAACCAAAGCCUAAACCUUGUCAAACCGGUCAGUUAAUUUAUGCAUGGGUUUAUCAACGCAUGUAACAUACUCCACACAGGUCACGUACAUUCGGAGAUGAAUAUGGAGAUCGUAAUGUGCAUCGCUUUGCUUUGCGCAUGUGUUGAUGCAAGGCAUCAUAGUACUAGGGCUCGGGCUGGUCUGCCCCGUGUGGGGCACAACAUUGCUGGAUUAGAGAUGGACAGACCAUUGAUCAUCGGACAUCGGGGAAGUGCUGGGAUGAUGCCUGAACAUUCAUUAGAGGGGUACAAACUGGCAAUAAAGCAAGGUACCGACGUUAUAGAGUGUGAUAUGUGUCUAACAAAAGAUCUAAAGAUCGUCUGCCUGCAUGAAAGUUGGUUCAGCAGAGUCACAAAUGUCAAGGAUGAUCCCGAGUUUCGGGACAAAAUUGUGUCCAGAGAGGUUGAAGGAUCUCUUAUAAACGACUGGUUCUCUGUGGAUUUUACACUGAAAGAGCUCAAAAAACUGCGACUGAUUCAACCCAAUUCUUUUCGUGAUCAGACUCAUAAUCUCAAAUAUCCCAUGGCUACCCUUACAGAGCUUAUAGACUUGGUUAAAGCCGAAGAUAGGACCGUUGCUAUACAUGCUGAAACCAAAAACCCGGAAUGGGUUAAUUCGUUGGAUUUGGUAAAGAAUGCAAACACAACAUUUGAGGACAUCGUUGUUGAGGUCUUGGAGGCACGUGGUUAUGACAGUGAAUAUUCCCCGUUCUUUUUGCAAUCAUUCAGUGAAGAGAGUCUGAGAGCGUUGGCGCAGAGGACUACCGUUCCGAAGGUGAUGUUGGUUUGGAAAGAGGGUGUUACGCAAGAAAAACUAAUGGAACUGUCAGAGUUCUGCUACGGAAUGGGACUUUGGAAGGAUCUGAUUAUCACUGGAUGGAAUGAUGCUUACGGUUAUAAGAAUUAUGCUUGGAAUAGAACUGAUCUUGUUGAGAGAAUACACAACCUUGGAAUGAAAGUCCACAUUUAUACAAUGAGGAACGAGGACAGAUAUUUGCUCUGGGACUAUGGGCAAGACCCGCGUAGAGAGUAUGAAGCAUUCCUACAAUUGGGAGUAGAUGGCUAUUUCACAGAUUUCCCUGCAACAUUGAAAUCUCUGCUGGAUGAUGCGUAUAUUUCCAGUGCAAUCCCCUGUGCUACACUUUGCCCUCCUAGCCUUUCUAGUCCCGGAUCCUCUUCAGAUAAGAAUAAAAAACAAAGUAAAUCUAUCUUGCGUUCGAUUCGAGCCUUGCUAUGUUCGGUAUAUUGUGACGAAUAAAGUGUAACGAGAGAGGGAAAAGUGUGACAACUUAAGUUUGACGAUGACUAUAGAUAUA